AUGGGCAAGGGCUUCCACUACUAUGUACACUCUUUGAUUCUUAAAUCCAGAUCUCCUGUCUCUUCUCUCUUUCAGAUCAUCUUCUACGAGGACAGGAACUUCCAGGGUCGCUCCUAUGAGUGCAUGAGCGACUGUGCUGACAUGUCCUCCUACCUGAGCAGGUGCCAGUCCUGCAGGGUGGAGAGUGGCUGUUUCAUGGUCUAUGAGCGUCCCAACUACAUGGGAAUGCAGUUUUUCCUGAGGAGGGGCGAGUAUCAUGACAUGCAGCGCAUGAUGAGCAUGGGAAUGAUGUUCGACUCCAUCAGGUCCUGCAGAAUGAUCCCCUAUCACAGAGGCCAGUUCAGGAUGAGGAUCUAUGAGAGGGAGAACUUUGGUGGUCAGAUGUACGAGCUGAUGGACGACUGCGACAGCAUCAUGGACCGUUACCGUAUGUCCGACUGCAUGUCCUGCAACGUGAUGGACGGCCACUGGCUGAUGUACGAGCAGGCCCACUACAGAGGCAGGAUGAUGUACCUGAGGCCUGGAGAGUACAGGAGCUUCAGGGACAUGGGAUACAGCGGAAUGAGGUUCAUGAGCAUGAGGCGCAUCACUGAUAUGUGCUAG